AUGACGGACCUUCCGCCCCUGUCCGGCCGGGCGCUCCUCUGGCGAAUGGCCCGUGCCAUCAUCGUCUUUAUCAUCAUCUUCUCCAUCCUCGUCAUCCUCGUCGUCAACACCUCGCCUGGCCACGCAGCGUUGCGAGAGCCCUCUGCUUCGAAAGCCAAUCUGCAGCUCAACAAAGACGGCGACUUCCGCAUCGCCAUCUUCUCUGACCUUCAUUAUGGGGAACAGGAGGACGGCUGGGGCAUCGAGCAGGACCAAAACACGACGCGCGUCAUGAGCUCGGUCCUGCGCGACGAGAAGGUUGACUUUGUUGUCCUGAACGGCGAUCUGAUUACCGGCGAAAAUACGCUGCGCGAGAACGCGUCAGACUAUGUCGAGCAGAUCAUCCGGCCGAUGCUUCAGAGCAACAAGCCCUGGGCCUCCGUCUAUGGCAACCAUGACUCCCAAUUCAACCUCUCCAGGGAGGCCAUCUACAAGGCGGAAAGGGUAUACAGUCUCUGCUACACAGACACUGCCAAUCGUUUGCCCGGCAGUUCGAACUACUACGUUCUCAUUCAUCCUCACCAGGAAGAAGGUGCCGAGCCGGAGGGCCUGGAUCCCGCUGCCAUUCUCUGGUUCUUUGACAGUCGCGGCGGCAAGGCCUUCAACCACGACCCUUCAUCGGACACCGCAGAUCUGCCGGACUGGGUAGCGCCAGAGACGUCAAAGUGGUUCAUCGAGACGCACAAGGAGCUUCGGGAAAAGUAUGAGAAUCGUGUCAUCCCCAGCAUUGCUUUCGUGCACAUACCGCCUCAUAUUUUCUCCCAAGCGCAGGAGGCGGGAGUACAUGCCGACUUGUUCCCCGGAUUGAAUGAUGACAUGCCGCUGGCGUUUCAAGGCAAUAAAGGCGAGGAUGCGGCGUUUGUGAACGCGCUCCUUCAGGCAGAAGGCCUACAAAGCGUUCAUGUGGGACACGAUCACGGAGAUUCGUGGUGUUCAACGUGGCCGGGGAAAGACGCCACGUCCAAGGCGCCAUUCCUCUGCUUCGCCAAACACACUGGCUACGGAGGCUACGGCACAUGGGAUCGCGGCGCACGAAUACUUCACCUUACCAUUUCAAAAGCCGAGGGCGCAAACCAGGGCGGCGCCUUGUCCGUCGACACUUGGGUGCGCAUGGAGAACGGCAAUGUCGUGACGCAAGUUUCACUCAACGAGACCUACGGCAUUGACAGGUACCCCACAGGAACGGGAGAAUGA